AUGACAGAAAAUAAAACCGUGAACUCAUCAAAGGUCAAUGCAGUCAACAGACCGUUAGUUGUUUUAUUAAUUAAGGUUCAGUUUAAAAUGAGCCAUUUGUUCAGUCUUUUCGUUCAACAAGUUGAAAAACAUUGCGCGACAAGGCCAGAACCUGAUUGCAGUAAAUUACUUUUGGUAUACGGUUUGACUAAUUUGGCAAAAAUGGAAGAUGAAAGUUUAGACGACAUGGAUCCGUAUCAAAGAGGAGCCAACGAAAUAGGAGGAGGAGGUGGGAAAAUCGUGGGAGAAGAAGUUUGUUAG